GUCCUUUGCGGGUCGCGAGCUGUUUGAGCGUUUCCAGGGCAACCAACCGACGCUCCUGUCAAUCAAGACUCCGUGCAGCAGCCGAGCGCUACAAGUUCAGCAUCGAUUUAAAGUCUCUGCGUUUGUUCCCUGGAACAAUAGGACAUGGCUGACAGAGGCCACGGUGCUGCAGGGGGAGAUGCAGAAGACACAGAUGAGCUGCUCUGCACUGAUCUCAAGGACGACAGCAGCGUGUUUGGACUGGAGUCUUUGCCUCUCAGACUGGACCACUGUGACCUACUCCUCGAUGCCAUCGAUGCUCAGCUUGGUCAACUGCAGGUCCAGCCCCAGAAACAUCAGGCAGUUUCCACAGAGCUUGACCGUGGUAAUGCAGCUCCUCUUAGGUGGAGUCAGUCUCUGAGUAAGGACACAGGCCUUGGAAGUACAAAUCAAACAAGUGACACUGUCUCAAUGUCUCUCAAUGAUUUGAGACACACUCCAACCACGGAGCAAACAUCAGACAGAAGCACCGGCUGUGGGGAGGAUCCUGUCACUCACGGGGAAACUACAGAGAAGUUAGACAGAAGGACGAGAGACAAACAGGAAACAGAUUCUCAGAGGGAACAGAUCAAAUGGAGGCUCGAGAGGCUGCUUGGAGACACCGGCAGCAAAGAACAGAUGACAGGACAAACGCAGCCUCCCUCAGACAGCAUCUGCACUGAGGACUUUGUCACGCGCUUCAGAGACGAAAUGGUCGAAUUGGCAUCCCCAGAGGUGGAGCACACGGACAAUGAAGAAGGAGCAGAGAGGGGAGGGAUGUCUGACUGUGACCUCUGCCAGAGGGAACCGAAUGAGCCAAGUGUUCCUAAUGUCGGUGGAAGAGAGACAGCAAAGAUGGGGAAAAGCUGUCAAGGCACAGAGACGGCUCAUUAUUCCCAGUCAAACAAGCCAUAUCUUUCUGACAGGUUUGGAGUGAAUAUGUCACAUAGGGAGAAAGCAGAAGCUGGAGAGAGAUUCAGCACACGCAGGGUUGGUGAUGAUGGCAGCAUCUCUCACACAGCAGAGGGUGUAACAGAACAUGAACCCUCGUGGCAGGACAACAGCCGUUCACCUAAGGCCAGGUUCUUGGCAGGAGUACCUGUGUGGAGUUUUGACACUGUGUCCAUAGAGAGUGACCUCGACUCAGUCUGCACAGAACAAGUCAGGCAGCAUCUUCGCAGCCGGCCAGGGUUUCACUCUCUCAUUCAGUCUGUCACAGAUAUGGAUGAUUACUCUACCAAUCAGAGCGACUGUGACACAGCCACACAGGAGGAAAGUGAACCUCCAUCUACCUCAGGUCAGACAUCCUCAUUUGGAAAGGUACAAAACAGAAGUCCUUCUGCCCGUAAAGCACAGCGCAAUAAGAGAGAAAAUUACAGACUUGUGUGUUCUUUAGGUGACAAUGACAAGGACACAGAUGAAGAAAUAAAUGAGUGGAGCAGGAGAAGCAGGCCUGAGAGGACAUCAGAGAAGAUGCAGUCUGACUGGGUCAGAAUGAAAGAGCGUCUCUUUACACUCCAACAAAAAUGUGACAAAGAGGAGGAAACACUACAUUUGAAGAAGGCUCAGUUAAAAGAAGCUGAGUUCUCCCUCUCUGAACUCCAACACAGAAGAAAACAUGCCUUGCAGGAAUUAGAGCGACUCACAGCACAGACAGCAAAGAUGGAGAAGGAGAAGAGGACUCUGGAGUUUGUUCUGAGUGACAACAGGACAGGGAAGAACUCUAUUAGUUGCAAGCGACACAAGCUUCAGGCACAGAGAGAGUCCUGUAUCUCUGAGCCCACUGUUGUCAUGUCAGUGCUGGAGAGGGAAGAGAUGGACAGACAGCUGGAUUUUGCCAAGACAGAACUGUUUGCUGAACAGCGACGUGCAAGAGAGAAGCUAGAGGCCAUGCGAGAAAAGCUGGAGGAGACUCGUGAGGAGCUCCAGAGGGUCACAGAGGCAGAGAGCUUACUGAGGAGCAGGUGCACCUGUCUGGAGGAGAAAGGGAAACAGAGAAAGGAGCCGAUCAAGGCAAUAGAGUUUCAAGCAGGCGAGCUGCAGGGUGAACUGGGAGAAUGCAAAAUCAGAGUGGGUACUCUGGAGAGGAUGUUGGCCCACAGGGAGCUGCAGCUGCUAGAUUUACAGGAACAACGUGAGGCCUUACAAGCAGAAAGAGAUGGCCUGAGGGGGGAGCUACAACACCUGAAAAGCCAGCACUGCAGCGCACUGAGAGAAGCCCAGGAGCAAGCCCACAGGAUGAUGGAGGCAGCACUGAAGCAGCUAAAGAAAGAUUUGACUUCGACUCAUGAACAGCAAAUUCAAAAGGUUAAUAAGCAGACUGAAGAAGAGAAAGCAAAUGCUUUGAAAGAACAAGCUCUGUCUCUUACACAGCACAUUGAGUCCUUGAAAAGUUCCAUUCAGCUAAAAGAAGACGAGGCAAAGAGGCUGAGGGAGCAGCAGACACGGGAGGCAAAGAAUCGUGAAGAGGAGUUAAAUGCAGAGGCCUUGGAAAAGGUGCACAAAGCAGUAGAAGAGGAGAGGAGGAAGUGGGAGGCAGAAAAAGUGGAAGCUGUGAAGUUGCACUGCAGGCUACUGGAAAAGCAGAACAGAGAAAGCCUGGAAAGCAUGAGUAAUGAGAUGCAGCGAGAGAAGAGUAAAACACUGGCUCUUCAACAACAAGUGGUGGAGCUGAAAACAAAAGUACAGGAUUUGGAAACCCAAAGCUGCGCACAGCAGAGGGAACAGGAGUCUGUGCUGGCUGUUAUUUGUGAAUCUCUGAAAGAGGAGCAUCAGGCUGAGCUGCACAAGUUGCAGAGACAGAUGGCACAGGAGAGUCAGGGGGCAAUGCGGCAGCUCGAGCAGGCGCUUCAGCUGGCAGAGAAAGAGUCUGGCAGGCUCCUGGAGAUGCUAGAGGAAAGGGAGAGGAGCCAUAACCAAAUCACUGCUGAGAUGGACCAGCAGCUCCGGCAGUGGGCCCAGGAGCUCGGAGCAGAGUGCCAACAUCUAUACCAUUUAAUGAAGGACAGGGGAGCCAAACUAAGUUCUGUGCAACUACCUCCCAGUCCUACGGUAGCUGAGGCUCUCACAAACCUGAGAACAGUAAGAGAGCACUUAAAGCACACAAUUAGCCAUCUACAACAGGAGCUUGAUUCACAGAAACAGACCGCUGAGCAUCUGAGAAGUGACAAGGAGCGAGAAUUGAGCAUUCAGAGGCAACAGCUGAGGAUGGAGAGAAACCAAGCCUUGGAUUCUCUGAAGGAGCGUCUCAUUCAGGAGCACAUUGAGGAGUUAAGCAGUCUGGACUGGGCCCGUGCAUGUGACGGAGGAGUUGAGGGAGGAGUGGCAGCAUCUCUUCGCAAACAGCUGAAGGCCAAAGACCUGGAGCUCAGGCAGGUUCAGAGGAGCAUGGGUCAGUGGAAGGAGCAGACUGCGGCUCGCCUGGCGUGCAAGUUUGAAGAAGAGUUGACUGCCGAACUGGAAAGAAAAACUCAGAAGACUCAAGAGGAGAGACGGAGAAAGUCUGAGAGGCCUGAAGGAGAGAUGACUCUUUGUGCAAAGGAGUCUCAGGAUUCAGUUUGCUCUUCCUCCCCCCAUGUUGCUGCCUCCCAAAGCCCCUCGGACGUGGCUUCAUUCAAGCUUCUCCGUUACCUCCAGAGAAGAGUCAAGCAGCUCCGUGUAGAGAACCAAGCCCACACCUGGACCCAGUCGCUUUUAAAUGCAAGGCCUUUAGAUUUGUCAGAAUCCUGUCUAACCCCUAUCACUCAAGGCCAAGACAUUGCUGGGAUUCAGAGUUUAUCAUAAAUCAAGACAGUGUCAAGUUAAGACAUGAAACCUUAUGCUGUAAUGUUCUCCAAAGCUGAGUAGUUCAAGCUGUUUUUGUGGCCACAGAAAUGAAUCAUUUACUGUUAUAUGUACAUGAUAGCAGAUUAACAAGCAGGUCACGGUGACAAAUGACACAACCGACGAUUUGUUCAUUAAGUUCAAACUCCUCCGUGUGAAGGCAGUCAAAUUUUAUAGCUUAAGGUUACAGUGAACUGUGGAUAAGUGAUGAACUGACAUUCAGUGGAGAUCAUGUG